GGCGAACUGAGGCGGAGACAGGGAAGAUGGAGGAGAGCGAGAACAAGAUUGCCCUCCUCCUUUCCCAUCUCACGGACCUCCUGGCGACAUGCAUCGCGCCGCAGGAGGACAUUCACAGCCUUGAUGCCGAAGUCAAGAGUGUUCGCAGCCGCUUACAGCAGCUGGAGCAACGACCCGCCGCCGCCCCUGUGGCAAGCUCCUCCAACACAUCAGACCGCCUCAACGCAUUGGAGACUGACGUCAGUUCACUCAAGGACGGCGCACGACUACAACAAACCGCUACUCAACAAUUGGAGCAGCGGGUCUGUGCUGCCGCCGCCAGCCCGAGUUCGGGACAACGCGAAUCAACUCCCAAGUUUGACGGUCAGGAGAUCUUCUGCGAUUCAACAAAGAUGGAUCCAGUUCAGUGGUUCCACAAGUUUGAACUCACGUUGCAGCUGCAUCUCGUCAGCGAAUGCAAGCACCAGGCGUACUUAUACUCCCGGUCGGGAGGCGCAUGCCAGGCAUGGCUGGACAAUCUCUUGUCCCAGUACGGGGUGGUCGCUGCCGAGUUACACACGAAAAUCAGCUGGGAAGACCUCAAGGCGGCGUGGCACAAGCGAUUCCAAGUGGAGCCGCCAAAGAUCAAGGCCAUGGACAAGCUCACGAUCUUUGAUCAAGGCUCGCUGCCAAGCGUCGACUGGAUUGCCGAGUACCAACGCUUGACAUCCUUCCCAGGUCUCCCGAUGGGCUUCAAAGCCAUCAAGCACGACUUCAUUUCAAGGUCAUGCCCGAUGUUGAGCAACGCCUUGACGCAUGUUGAGGACACACUGACAACGACGGCGCAACUGUUCGAUAAGGCCGCGCAGAUAAUCGUCACAAACAAGGAGGCGAAGAACCUCACUCGUGCUGCGGCAGGCCCGAGCAAGGACCAGCAUCAGCCCAAGGUGGCCGUGGUUGCGGCGGCAUCGCCAAGCAGCCAAUCUAGCGAGGCGGAGUCUGCCAAUGAAGGAAACAGACUCGCAGCUGCCCGGGAUGACAGCGGGCUGCCCUACCAAGGGGAAGGGCAAGCAGGGAAACUGAGCGCCGCCGAGAGUGCGUCGACGACACUCUCGACGCCUUCAGACCCGGUUUCUUCGCGAGUGACCGACCUUCAUUCCGGGGCGCAUGCGGAAGUCGAUUGUCCUCUUCUCUAUUCUUUUGAGGACUAUGCUGCCCUGCUCGUUCCGACGCUGGGAUCUUUUGCUCAAGGACAAGACGUGUGUGCGGCAUCUUCUCCGUCCGGCAGCGGUUCUUCUUCGUCUUCAAGUGGUUCUUCACGGGAUUCGGCGCGCGAGUUCAACAUAGAGGAAUUGAACCCGCUCACGUCUGAGGAUUUCGCAUGGCUUCCUCUCCUGACCACGGGCCGCUUGCCGGGACCGCAAUGCGCAGCACUCUGCGCCCAUCUUCACAAGUACUUGUCCUUCUAUGCACCACCAACUUUGCCGACGGAUGACGAGGUCGCGGUGGGGGACAUCUUGGCAUAUGUUACCAAGGUGGCCCGCGAGUUUCGCACGCAGCGGUACGACGACAAUGACGCACCGCUGAUGUAUGUCCGCAUCCAAGUUGGGCAAGCGUCCUGCAGCGCUUUGCUGGAUAGCGGCGCGACUCGCAACUUCAUGAGCCAAGCCUUUAUGCAAAGGGCUGGCCUCGGCGCGCAGGUUCGAAGGAAGGCAAACCCGACGGCGAUCAAGUUGGCGGAUGGAAAGACGCAGCAACUUCUCGACCGUUACAUSGAGGCUGUACCGGUGUACUUCGCACCUCAUGCAUGCGAACCGGUCACGUUCGACAUCUUGGACACGGACUUCGAUAUCWUCCUGGGAAUGCCUUGGCUCGCAAGUGCGGAUCACACGGUCAACUUUCACCAGCGGACUCUCACCGUUCGYGACGCCCUCGGCGCCGAGGUGCCGYGUACUAUUCCUCUUCCKCACCCUUCGAUCCGGUGCCAAGUCGUGACGGCCAAAUCGUUCCGGGCUACAYGUGCAUAUGAGCAACCCGACGAGAUAGGCCUAUGUUUCUUGCGGACCGUCGUGGUAGCCGACUCUUCACCAUCGGACUUGUCUUCGGACCCCCGUGUGGUACGGCUGCUUGACGAGUUCGCCGACAUCUUCGAGUCACCUACCGGUGUGGUGCCGGAUCGGCCGAUCUCUCACAAGAUCAUUCUUGAGGACGGUGCCGUGCCGCCGAAAGGUUGCAUCUAUCGGAUGAGCGAGGAGGAACUGGAGGUCCUUCGCGCACAACUCGACGACUUGUUGGCCAAGGGCUGGAUCCGCCCUAGCAGUUCCCCAUAUGGAGCACCCGUUCUCUUCGUAAGGAAGAAGAACAAGGAUCUACGUCUGUGCAUCAACUACCGCAAGCUCAACGCGCAAACUGUGAAGAUUGCGGGGCCUCUUCCUCACGACAUUCUCGUCUAUAGUCGGACCUUGGAGGAUCAUCUUGAGCAUCUUCGACGAGUGUUGGAGACGCUCCGCCGUGCCAAGUACAAAGCCAACCGCGACAAGUGUGAGUUCGUCCGGCAAGAGCUUGAGUACUUGGGCCAUUUUGUCACACCGGAGGGCAUCAGCCCCCUAUCGGAGAAAAUUCAAGCCAUCCAGGAGUGGCUCGAGCCGCGUAACGUCACGGAUGUCCGUUCGUUUCUUGGUCUUGCCGGCUACUAUCAGCGCUUCAUCAAGGGCUAUUCGAAGAUCGCGGCCCAUUUGACCAAGCUUCAAUGCGAGGAUCGGCCGUUUGACUUCGACGAGGAUGCACGAAAAUCCUUCUUGGCUCUUAAAGCUGCACUUUUGUCAGCGGAGGUCUUGCGGAUCUACGACCCGCUAUUGCCCACACGCGUCACUACUGAUGCAUCCGGCUAUGGCAUUGGUGCAGUCCUCGAACAACACGAUGGCGUGGACUGGCACCCGGUCGAGUAUUUCAGCAAGAAAGUGCCCGCCGUGCACUCUAUUGAUGAUGCACGAAAGAAGGAGUUAUUGGCAUUCGUACACGCACUCAAGCGCUGGCGGCAUUUCCUUCUUGGUCGACGGCAGUUCCGAUGGGUAACGGACAACAACCCGUUGGUCUUUUACAAGACCCAAGACACAGUCAACAGCACCAUUGCCCGCUGGAUGACCUUCAUUGACCAGUUUGACUUUUUCCCCGAUCACAUUUCGGGCAAGUCGAACCGUUUUGCGGAUGCUCUCUCACGGCGUCCGGACCAUUGCACCGCGGUCUACUCGACGUUCGAGAUUGAUGACGACUUGCGAGACAGUUUCAUCUGCGGCUACCAGGCCGACCCCGAGUUUCGCGACAAGUACACGAAUUGUUCCUCACCCAAUCCGGCACCUUCUCACUACCGGAUCCAGGAGGGAUAUUUGCUCGUCCACUCGCGGGGGAAGGAUCUUCUUUGCGUACCGAGUGACCCUUACUUGCGUACGCGGCUUCUUGGCGAGUUCCACGAUGCUCCCGCCACCGGACAUUUUGGCGUCAAUCGAACGAUUGGCCGACUUCGCGAGCGAUUUUGGUGGCCCGGUCUUCUCGACGACGUCACACGGUACUGCGAGUCAUGCGAGAUUUGCCGGCGUUGCAAAUCCCGCAAUCAUCGUCCGUAUGGCGAGUUGCGACCACUACCGGUUCCCUUGCGCCGACGGGAGGCGAUUGCCAUGGAUAUCACUGGACCAUUCCCUAAGCACAAGACCGGUGUGGAUGGGAUUCUCACGGUAGUCGAUCGACUCACCAAGUUUGCCAUGUUUUUGCCUUGUCGCUAUCAUGCCAAGGCACCAGAAUUGGCCGAGGUUCUCUACGCCGGUUGGAUUCGAACCAAGGGUUACCCCAAGGAAAUCGUUUGCGACCGGGACACUCGGUUCAUGUCUGAUUUUUGGUUGGCACUCACCAAACGAUGAGGCUCAUCUCUCAAGCCUAGUUCAGCUCGCCACCCUCAGACGGAUGGCCAGACGGAGAGGGCGCACCAGACGGCA